UACACUCUUAGUCUUAUCCUGAUUUUCUGUCACCACAUGGUCCCUCCUUCCCUCUGUCCCCUUUUUCCAAUAUCUCUUUCUAUGACAGACAAAGUCGUUCAAUUAUAUCUCUUAUGAUUUCCCUGCACUUUCGCUGACAUUCAUCUCUCUUCAUUCUAUUAACUACCCUGUCUUCUUCUCUCUCUUGAUUCACAAUUUGAAUUGAAUUCAUACAGUAUAUAGGCCUUCCUCAUGGCGUGAAAUUGGGGAGUCAUGAUGGGAGUGGAAAGUGAAUUCUAAGCAAAGCACUCUGUCGUAACUACUUUUCUGUUUUCUUUGCAAGUUACUUCUUAAGGCUAAAGGGUUUUGGGAAAUGGUGUUCAUGGUGUUGUGUGAGGGAAUAAGAAGGUGCAGCUUUGGCUAAAUUGUGGAUGGACAGGAGGAGUUGGCUAUGGCGCAGGAAGUCUUCUGAGCAAAGUCCAGGUGAAACUGAGAGUUCUGGUUCAAUGUCAUCUCAUUUAGAAAGAUUCUCUGAUGAUCAGGUAUACCCUACCGAAACUACUCCAUCUCCAGAAGUCACGUGUGAGGCUGCACCAAAUGAUGAAGAAGCUACUGAUGUGAAGACUCUAACAGAAAAGUUAUCUAUUGCUCUCUUAAACUCUAGUGCAAAAGAAGAAUUGGUAAAGCAGCAUGCUAAGGUUGCCGAAGAAGCUGUCUCAGGCUGGGAGAAGGCUGAAAAUGAAGUGUUGAUUUUAAAACAACAACUUGCCGCUUCAAAACAGAAAAACUCAGUUCUUGAAAACCAAGUUAGUCAUCUUAAUGGGGCACUCAAGGAAUGUAUGAGGGAGCUUCGACAAGCUAAAGAAGAACAAGAUCAAAAUAUUCAUGAAGCUGUUGUUGGUAACUCUUGUGGUGUAUCAGCUCGUUCCGAUCUUCACCAGAGGCUUGAAGAUUUGGAGAAAGAGAAUUCCAAUCUUAAAAUUGAGCUACAAUCUCGACUCGAGGAACUAGAAUUGAGAACCAUUGAGAGGGAUUUGAGUACUCAAGCUGCUGAAACAGCAAGCAAGCAACAUUUGGAGAGUAUAAAAAAGGUGACUAAGCUUGAAUCCGAGUGCCGUAGACUGAAAGCUAUGACUCGCAAAACAUUCUCUGCUAAUGAUCAUAGGUCUUUGACUGCUUCUUCAGUUUAUGUAGAGUCUUUUACUGAUAGCAUGUCAGAUAUUGGAGAGAGGCAACUGGUAGUUGAAAGUGAUAUGCGGAAAUUAGGAGGCUGGGAUGAGAAUGAAAGCGAGCCAAGCCACUAUGACUCAUGGUCAUCAACUUUAAUCUCAGAACUUGAUCAAGUUAAGAGUGAAAACACUGCUGAAAAAAACUCUAUAGUCUUUUCAACUGAGAUCAAUCUGAUGGAUGAUUUUCUUGAAAUGGAAAGGCUUGCUGCAUUGCCAGAUACCGAAAGUGUAAGCGGUUUUCCUGUGGUAGGUACUGCAUCUGACCAACUUAAUGUUGGCCAUGGCACAAGGAAUGCUGAAGUGGAAGCUAUGGUUCAAAAGAAUGCUGCAUUGGAAAAGAAACUAGAGAAAAUGGAGGCUGAUAAACAUGAGCUAGAGAUGGAUCUAACCAAGUGCCAAAAGCAGCUUGAAGCAUCACUGAGUAGGGUGACGGAAAUGGAGUUGGAGGUAGCAGAGCUUCAAACUAAGUUAGUUCUUGCAAACAAAUCAAAUGAAGAAGUAUUUGAAGAACUCAAAGCAACUCAUAAAAAGAAAGAGAUAGCUGAGUCAAAACUCAGAGUUGCUCAAACUGAAGCUGAAGAAUUGGUUUCAAAAAUUUACUCAUUAGAGGAAGAGAUCGAGAAAGAGCGAGCUUUCUCUGCUGAGAAUUUGGCCAGGUGUGGGAAGUUGGAGGAUGAGCUCUUGAGAAUGAACCAUGAAACUCAACUCCAGCAAAACACUGAGAUUAUGCCCGGAGAAAGUGUUAAUAGUGAGAUGAAGCAGGAGAAGGAACUAGCAUUGGCUGCUAAUAAAUUUGCUGAGUGCCGGAAAACCAUCGAGUCUCUAGGACUGCAGUUGAAGUCCCUUGCAACAUUGGAAGACUUAAUACAUGAUUCAGAGAGCCCUGUGGAGUUAACUUGUGAAGUUACACCAGGCUCCCAAAAUGGUGGUGUGCAGCUGAAGAAGUUACAUAGUGAUGAUUUGAGUUUGUCCAAAGGAGAUUCUGAAUCAUCAUCAGUUACACUAAAUCCAUCUAUUACCCAUGAAAAAGCCCGAAAUAGUUUUGGUAGGUUCAACCCACGAAGCAAGAGUGUAAGCAGAACAAGAGGCCACUAAAAGAUAGAUAAGGUGGAGAAAUAAAUAACUUUGUAAACGUGGUUUAUAAUUAUUUAACGUGUAUAAAUCCAAACUUUCUUAUC